UGACGCCUUGACGCCUUGACGCCUCCCGUGCCACUAACAACAACCUUAUCUCCCCAACACCCUCCCUUAUCCCUUAUCACACAUACCUUAAGAGGCUUUCCUGGAGGCAGUGGAGAGCUGUCUGCAGAGAUCAGCGUUACUUGCUACGAUUAGAGGUCGUACUGUGGCAGAAGACCCUGUCUCUUUUAGAAGCUACCACGGACUGCCUAGGUACUCGGCUACCCUAGCAUCCCCUUCCCCUCGCUCACUCACCGUCAUUGGGCAUCUAGGCGGGCCCCGAUAGUGAUACAGCGAGGCCGACCUCAAAGGAGCAGAUAGCGGCGUUGUGUGUAACCCGCCAGCCCGCCCAAUAUUUUCAGUCAUGUCCAACCCUGGCACUGUUCCUAGGACGGCUCCCAUUGCCAUCGCGCCUAAACCCUCUCAGCUCUUUUCUAGUCGCCAUCCUAUCAACGACGCAUCUCUGAAUAGCAUGAACAGUAAUGAUUCAACCGAUUCAGAUUCAGCUGUAAGUGCAAACUCAACGCCUUGUGAAUAUUGUCUAAGAAGGCGACUCAAGUGCGUUGUUGGAGAUGACGACGACAGCUGCGUAUCUUGCCAAGCCCGUGGGAUCCCAUGCUCUUUAAAUCACAGCCCUCAGCCUCGUAAAAGAAAGCUAGCGCGUGACUCGACCGAAGAGAGAAACGGGAAGAGAGGCUCACCUGGCAGGUCUGAUAACAGAAGACUGCGGCAACGUCAAGCUAGCCUGUCAAGUACAACUGCAAGCACUUCUUUAAUCGAAGAGAUGGCUAAUUUUGGCGCUUCAACUUUACUUAAGCGCACGCUUGGUCUCCAGGAAGACCGGUAUAGCCAGUACAUUGGUCCGACCACUGACUUUGAGCCGUCCUUGAUCAACCUCUCCCCAUUCGACCCUCAAGAUGAGAGCCUUCUCGCUCGGGGGACUCUUAGGAAAGUUAGCGACAAUGACAUCUUUUUGAUGUUGCCUGAUACUGCGACCCCUGGUCACGAGCGUCAAUACGACGAUAUCGACGAACUCGAGCGACUUGUGACUCCCCACGGCCGCAAGUUGAUUGAUCUUUAUUUCGAAGUUGUACAUCCCGCAUUUCCGAUCAUCCAGAAGAACGUCUUCUACGAGAAAUACGAUCGAAACUACCGGGAUUUCUCGCCGCCGCUGCUCGCUGCUGUUUACAUCCUCGCUAUUAAUUGGUGGGAUUACUCGGAGGAGCUAUCCAAAUCCCAGAGACCAAACGUGCGAGGAAUUGAGAGGGUGAUACGAUCUUCUCUGGCUGAUGCUAUGUGGCGCCCGAAGCUCUCUACCGUGCAAGCCGGACUAUUACUCUCGCAACGACCCGAGGGUGACCAGUGGGCCCCGACCGCUCAGAUCGUGGCGAUUGCUCAAGAACUCGGCCUCCACCUAGAUUGUACGCACUGGAAGAUACCGCCUUGGGAGAAGGGACUUAGGAAAAGACUUGCUUGGGCUUUGUAUAUGCAAGAUAAAUGGGGAGCUCUUGUUCAUGGACGGCCGUCACAUAUCUUCAGUUCUAACUGGGUUGUGCAGCCUCUAGCAUCAAAUGAUUUCUCAGAGACAGAAUUAGACGAACAGAAUCAAGAGGAAAAGAUGGAUAUAGAACGAGGUCGAACGUUGUUUGUUCAAAUGAUCUAUCUUACACAGGUGCUAGCCGAGAUCCUCGAGACGUUCUACACGCUCGAGGCUAUGCAGAACGUUACGGAUGCGGGACCGCAAGGUACUCACCUUGUUCUGGGCCUGGCGAAACCCAUACAGCUUAAGCUCAAAGAGUGGUAUGCUGCGCUCCCAGGUGUGAUCCGUAUGGAUUCUUCUUUCCAGUCUGGUACCGUUGCCCCCGCCGUUGCAUCCACGCGACUGUCGAGCAUCGGAUAUCUGCACCUGGCUUACUUCGCAACGGAAAUCACCCUCCAUCGCCGGAUUAUCCGGUCUUUAGAGACAGAUUCGCGGGCGGUUGACCCUUACGUCCAGCACAUUUGCCGUAGCGCUGCGAAAGCCCGUCUGAUAUCCGCCAUGGACUUUGUUAAUCGGCUGACGCCUCAACAUCUCAGAUCCUUCUGGUACUUCGCCUCAAAGACCAAUUUUGCUUUAAUUGGCACCUUUGGGUCACUUCUCUGGGCUACCUCUCCAGGACGCGAAGAGGCAGACUGGUACCGACGCAGACUUGGAGAGUAUCGCUGGACGCUGAGCGUUAGUAGUAAGCCCGGCGAAUCAAAGGGUCUCACUGAAUUUGCGAUGGGCAUGCUUGAUAUAUCGACCGGACUGUUGAAACAACUCCCCGAGAAGCCGGAACUGAGCCGUAGCGGAAGCGCUAUCGAAUUCGAAGCUGGCAGGCGUCAGAGCAUAUUCUCCAUGGGUAUGGGCAUCACUCUGGGAGAGCACUAUAGCAGCAUGGCCGGCGCCGACAUCAGCAGCAUCCAGAGUCCCGAAAGUCAAAUGGAUAGUAGCGACGAGGAUUAUGAUACGUUUGCCCCAAUGGCUGGGCUGGCAGGUAUGGGUGACUGAGGAAGCCACGCAAUCAUUUAUUAUCCUCUUUUUCUAUUUUCUAGCUUUUUAAAUAUCAUGGUAGAACGGGGGUCUGCGAAUGAAGUAUGGAUAGAAAGGACUGGGAUGAGGCAAGGUCACGCCAUAGGCACGAAAUCUGACGACUAACCGGGUUCGUGGAUACUCCAUUAUAUAUCCCUUGGGUACGGACAAUAUCUUGGAGAGGGGUUUUUAUCAUACUAUUUCCUUAUUUCAUUUGAUCCUGUUUCAUAUCUUGUCGUCUCUGAUACCCUAUCUAGAGAUCAUCUGCUUUGCAUUUGUUAGGGGCCGUUCGAUAUUGUCGUUACUGGAUACCCUGCAUCGCGAAUCGGGUUCGCCGGCUGGGUCGGGGUGCUGUCCUCGACGGAAAAGCAAAAUGCAUUUGCGAGGUUGGAUGGAUGGAUGGAUGAAUGAAUGAAUGAAUGAAUGGAUCACGGACGGAUGGUUUUGGGAAGACUGUUAUGUAGCAGUGAGCAAUCAAUUGGACUUGUU